GCGCGGACGACGAUCGGAGAGGGCCCCACGCAUGGCCGAGACGUCGGCGCCGAACCGUACCGCGAUGACCACGCGCUCCUGAGCACCUCGCCUGCGCCGGCGGACCAGACGGAGCUUACCAGUCAUGGGCACCUCGGACGUUCAGCUACCGUCGUCGAAGACGUCUCCGAGGUCGUCCUGGACGGCCAAGUCGACGUUGCAUUUGGGACGCGACAUGUCUCCGCCGCCGUUUCCUCCGCAGUCGUCGUACUCGGCGUGGAGCCGCGCGUCCAAAGUGGCCGCCCUGGCGGUGCAGUGGUUCCUCAUGGCCGGCCUAGUGACAGUGACCGUGUUGUGCGUGGUGAGGCUGCACCGCCUCGAAGACAGAGUGAGCGUGCUCGAGGAAAAGCUCCGGGCGAUGGAUGACACGGCGCCCGCCCAGCAACAGAAGCCCCUUACUAGGAGUAAAAGGGAUAGUCCAGAAGCCGAAUGCAUAUGCCCCGCGGGUCCGCCGGGAAAACGAGGCAAGCGGGGCAAACACGGAGAACCAGGGGACCAGGGACUGCCCGGGCUUGCGGGGCCGCCUGGCAAGCCUGGGUUUCCGGGCGCAAUAGGAAUCGACGGCCCGAAAGGCGAUACCGGUGACAAGGGAGACAAAGGCGAAAAGGGCGACUCGGGAAUCGACCUAGUCUCCAACGUGAAGGGAGUAAAACGUUCAGUCAAGAUGCCCCACGGGGGCAUCGCUGACGCCGCCGAUUUUAAGGAACUUGCUAAUAUUGGAGUCACCUUCUCCCCCGGAGACGUCUUUAUGAUGAAGGGAUCUCAAGGUGAACCCGGUCCACCAGGACCCCCUGGACCUCCGGGCCCACCGGGGCUUCCAGGCUUCGACGGCGGAACGGGACCCCCGGGGCCUAUAGGCCCUCCAGGAGAGCUCGGUCCCGGUGGGCCACCCGGACUUCUUGGCCCUGUUGGCAAAGACGGCUUGCCAGGACCAAAGGGCGAGAAGGGCGACAAGGGCGAGCGAGGCCUGACGACGACGUUGGACGGCAACACGUUCCCAACGGGCUUCAUUGAGGGACCGGCCGGACCCCCAGGACCUCCGGGCCCUGCGGGACCCCCGGGCAGAAAGGGCGACGUGGGGAUCCCGGGACCUCCCGGAGAAGACGGUGCCAAGGGGGACAAGGGAGAGCGAGGACGCAGGGGAAAGAAGGGGAACACCGGUAGAGACGGUCGCUCCAUCCGGGGCUUGCCUGGACAGAAGGGUGAACCCGGCACCAAGGGCAUGAAGGGAGACUUCGGACUCCCGGGACCCAGGGGCGACAAGGGUACGGCUGGCCACCCUGGAAGGUCGGGCGAAGAUGGCACACCAGGACGGCCUGGACUCCCGGGCGAUCCGGGAGCCAAGGGGGAGAAAGGCAGCGUCGGGGAGACGAGCCCUCCCGGCAUCAUGGGACUACCUGGACUGCCUGGACCUCCCGGAAAGCUUGGUCCCCAAGGAGAAAAGGGAGACAAAGGAGACGGCCCACCGGUACGCUACAUGAAACAGAAGUCGAAGCGCAGGCCUCAGGAGCACCACCACCACUUCGCCUCCGACCAGGGUGGAACGCAGCCGCAGGGAGACAGCGCAUUCGAAAGCUCCUACGACUUUGUCAUCGGACCGCCGGGACCCCCAGGCAUACCGGGCCUGCCCGGAGUGCCCGGACCCCCUGGCAUCAAGGGGGGCAAAGGGAUUGACGGACAAAAAGGCGAACCGGGCGACAAGGGAGAUAGGGGAGUCAUGGGAUCCAUGGGCCUACCGGGUCCCAUGGGACCAGUGGGGCCGAAGGGACUGACUGGCAGGGAAGGGAGGCCUGGCCUCUUGGGACCUCCAGGACUGGACGGGAUGAAGGGAGAGCGUGGUACUCAAGGUAACAUAGGGGAAAAAGGAGAGCCCGGCCUUCCCGGCACCGACGGCAUCCCCGGGUUACCGGGACCCAAGGGAGAUCGAGGAGAGACGGGGAUACUGGGACCCAGGGGGAAACGCGGCAAGAAAGGUGACAAAGGAGACAAAGGCGAUCAGGGUGUCCCCGGACUAGACGCCCCGUGUCCUCUAGGUCCCGACGGGUUGCCUCUGCCAGGCUGUGGCUGGAAACCGCCCAACACGUUAGCUGGUCCCAUCCCUCCAGGAGAGCCAGAGACGCCGACCGAUUCUUAAGAUACCACCCAUCGAGGACCAGAGAACGACAUCUCGCAACACCAGCCGCGUGUCGCGACGGGACACUGGAGGCGGCACAAGUGUGGAGAUCUCGAUGUCGACAGCAUCCGGCCAUGGACAUGACGAGUUUCACUUUACGGGUUCCUCUACUUUGAUCGUUCAGUGCGAGCGGCCCCAUAACAGCGUCCCAAGGAACACAAGAAAUGUCGCCGCGUAAAGGAAGGACUGAUGUGAUUUUUUUUCCCCGAUAAACGUCGUAGACCCUUCCUCAGUAAUGGAUACACGUGUGAAAAAAAAGAAAAAAAAAAAGCAAUCGCCAACCACGAGGUUGUGAAAAUGCCCACACAUCCGUGGCGCCACACUUCUUUUGUAACAGAAGCGAGGUUUCAAAGCUUUCAGAAGUGUCACUUUGGACCUCUCUGCGUGAAUAAAAAACCGAGUGUCGUAUACGUUGAUGCGCGAGCCGCCGCAACGUCGACAAAGUUUUAUCGUGGCGUUGUGAAAAGCUGUAUGUGUUGCGUGUACACGGGAUCGAAUUAGAUUACACUGCCUCAUUUUUCAUAAACAAUCUAGCAAUCAGAAGUGGAAAGAUUCUUAAUGUGCGUUGAAACCAAAUCGCACAUCCCAGUAUCAGAGCUAGUUCAAACUUUUCCGACUGAAGUAUUCCAACUGGUAGAAAUACAUCAGUUCUUUCCUUAAUUAAACUGCAAUAACUGUGUGCUAGACGAUAACAACGUCAAGCUCAUUGUACAUGAAUUGAACGGAACAUGCAUUAUCUUUUGUUUAAUCACGAAAGCUUUGUGGCAGUGAUGAGUAUUCGCUCAUGCAGUGUGCGCGUUUCCACGAUGGGGUGUGUAAUGGUCGUCCUUUAUAAUAUUUUCAACAAAAUUUUUCACGAACCGAGUUUAUCUUGAUCUGUUAAUUUUGUGUGUUCUUAAACGAAAGGGUCUACAGAUACAGAAAGCGUGUCGUAUCUGAUGUCGGGUUAGCGCGGACAGAAAUUUUCGCCUUACUGCAUUUUUUUUUCCUUUGUGGAGAGAUCAUUGUAUAUGUCAUCACCUCACCGCCCCCGAAACUCAUCAUCUCUCAGUGUGUUGGAGAGAGAAAGAGUAGGAGAGAAAGAGAGAAUGAACGAGGUAGUCUUGUGUACGUUUGUAAUGACAAACACAUUUAAUGAGACGCCCUCCAUCCCUCCCAUGUAAAUCAUAUCGCAUCUGUUGUCCCACAGCAAAGAAUCAUGUCCCCGUGAUAUCCGGAUUUGGCUCUAGCACACGCGUCAACUAAAGGAAUUAUAAAUGACGGCAAUAAUCAAGGCACAAAUCAGGAAAUGCCCGUUUGGCAACGUGCGGUGUUGGAUUAUAAAGUGUAAUCAAAGGACAUAAGGCUCAUAUUCCUCGCAAUAAUGGAAGUGGUGCAAGGGUUCUCACGCGGUCUCCAGCUAGACACUUUAUGUCCGAGCUUGAAAAUUAUCUCAGAAAGUUCAAUAUACGACCGGAUGUGCGUAAAAAACAAGGCGGGCGUGCCCCAUUUUUCAGACGAGGCGGGCACCGCUCAACCGGUCUCAAAAGGAGAACAACUCAGUACUUGGGACAGUACUACCAGAGUAUUGAAUGGCGUGCCACGGUAGGUAUAGCCGCAUUGGCAUCUCAGUUGCCACCUUUUAUUUCUGUAUGUUAUCGUCACAACUGGUUCUCGAUCAACGCCAGCAUGGUGCGGAUAAACCUAACCUGGUAUUCGCUGGCUUUCAGUCAUCUGCAAAGCCUGCGGUCAACAAAAACUGAGAACUGAGGUCAUAGAAGCAAAAACUGAACGUGGGGCAUUCUCGGUACCAACAACUUAACAUCUGCUGUUGAUAGGCUUUUUAUAAAAAGCCUACCAACAGUAGAAAGAGGCCAAUUGACGAGUGAAUGUCGACGCCAACAUUCUCCAUGGCCUCUAGUCCUCGAAACCGCAGUGGUCGAGUGGUCGCCACGAAACAACGUUCGGCACGUGCUCAAGAUACCUUUGCAGAAGAAUAAAUGGUCGAACAUUCGACAGCGCAAUUACGCCAAAGACGGUAGGAUUUUUCUAGCGCUUUUAAGCAGAAAAACACUUUGAUGAUAACUCACCAUUUCGCUUGUGGUCUUUAUCAGUUCAGCUAUGCAGGAACUCUGAAGCAAAUGCCUCCUAAAUUAUCUUUCAGCUGAACGUGGCACAUCGUCUUCCUGUAAAAAUAAGGUUCCUAUAACAAUAGACAGAGGCGACGCCGGAUUGCCUGUGGGUUCUCAAACUUCUCAAAGUAACAAACAGAAGACAUUUUUGUUGCUUUUUCAAGCCGUUUGUCUUGGUCAGAAUCUCCGUUGACGCAACCGAUUUCGCCCCUUAAGAAAACAAUCCAACUAUAAAAUCGUAGAUUUCCUUUUUUUUUUACCCCAAAUGCCGGCAUCAGGAUUUAUUCGAGUAGAAAAACCCACGCGUCGAUUUUUUGUUUCGCCACUGUUUAUCAACCGACCGAGUUCCCCGCGACUUUUUCGAUUCGUUGAACUUGGGCCGAAACAAAGACGCCAAAUCCGCGAAUAUCACGCCGACGUGGUUCUCGAGUGCCGAGGUGCGAAUUACUUACUUUUCUGUCGAAGUGCGAGACCCAAGUUCCUCAUUGUUUGAAUAACGUCAUGGCCAGCAAGCGGCGUGUAUCUCGUAGACGUCUGUACGCCCGUCAUCCCGUCUCGGUGGGCCGACGCGCACGCGUCGAGGUCCCGCUCCUUAUAGAGUCUAUUAAAUGUGUUUGUGUGAACUCAGGUGGCCACGACUGUUGGAAGCUAAAUUAUUUGUUUGCUGUCACAUACGUACCUAUAGAGUGUAAUAAUAAAAACAACGCUUUUUACUCUU